AUGGCGGACGAAGAUGCCAAUGACCAUCCUGAGACCUCCGCUUCUACACCGAAUUCGUUAUCCGCGCCGCAAAGUGCAAACAAGGCAGCCAAAGAUCGCAAUUGUCCAUUCUGCGGCCAGGCUUUUACAUCAUCCAGUCUUGGGCGGCAUCUCGAUCUAUACAUAAAGCCGAAGAAUCCUAAGCCCCCAGAUGGCAUUCACGAUGUAGAAGAGAUCAAGAAACUGCGCGGUGGCAUCACCCGACGGCAGCCACGGACAGGUGCAAAAGCUGGCAACGUAAGCGGCAAUGGAGGGCCUUCCAGGCAAGAGAGCCACGGCCACGGCCACGGCACAUCAAACAGCGCUCCUAGCAGACCGUCAGGCACAGUCCUCCAGGACGACAGCCCUGUCAAUUCCCCUGUGAACGUGAAAGAUACCAAUGAUGCGCAUAAGUUCAUCAACAGAGCAAACUGGCAGGCGACCGGUGUAAUUAACAACCUACCGCCGCGUGCUUCGUCGCGUAGUUCCGGGGAACUUCAUCCCGGACAGGCACAGCGAGUGCAUCAAAUGCGCCGCGAUAACACAGGAAGCAGGAUUGAAAGGCCGCAAUACGAGGGCGAAAGCAUGUGGAAGCUCCAAGAGUCUGCGGAGCUGGGUCGAGCUGCAGAAAUGGCGCUGAGGGAGAUCCUUGGGAGCGUCGAGGCGGCUAGCAAGAAGCUGGAACCCAAGCUUCUGUUUGACGAGUUCGACUUCUAUUCUCUCUCUUUCCCAGGACUGUGCUUGGCCAUCUUGCCAGCACCGACAACAUUGUUUAGUCCAACCCCAUUUCCGUCCGCCGAGUCAUGGACACUUACACCGCCCGGUAAGCGACAGUGGGAGACAAUGGUUCGCUUCUUGAAUGAGCGCUCUGUUCUGCGCCGCAAAACAGAAAAUAUACCAGACUCUGUUCUGUUCAGGCACCACACGCACCUUUGCGGAGCUUGGGAGCAUUGGGAAGCUAUGUCCGAAAGUGAUCGAGCAUCAGCCUGGCAAUUAGAAAUCCUCCGGUCGUAUACCCGAGCGCAGGAACGGAACAGGAGUUACAAAACCGAGGCAGAGCAGGCUCAGCAACGUAUUCGACACCUCGAAGCUGAAUACGACCGACUUUCUCGUUGUCAGCUACCCCGGGAAUUCCUCACGCAUCCGCCAAACACAGUGCCAAUACCAUCUCCUGUGAUGCGCGAGCUCAGGACCUCAAAAUUGCAGUCUGGAGCAGAUGAGGUCAAUUAUGAUGCCAGUGCUCUAAUUGCCAAAUGGCGCUCUCAAAUCAAGAAUACGAUGCGUCCGGCUCGUGUCACACAAAAUGUUGCCCCCCAACAACCCAAGCCCACACAGCGAGAGCCAUAUCAAAACAGUCUCGGGGACGACAUGGUUAUGCAUGGCAGCAUUUGGAACGUCCGCGGCCCUCUGACAUGUCAUGAAGCGUCAGAUCCCGACUCAAUGCACGAGGGUCAGCAAGUCUUGUAUGAAACACCACCGCAGCCUGGCAUGGUUGCAGGUGCCGAAGAAGAUGAGUAUGUGCCGUCUAUCUCGGACGCUGAUGCCACUGGCGAAGCGGAAGACGAUGGAUACGGACGAGCUCUGACGAAAAGUCGCAGGCUGGAUGGACAGAGUCCUUUGUGGCCUGCGAGCAGCACAUUAAAUGCCAACGGCAAACGGCCUUUGGCCUCUCAGAGCACCAUUACCGGUCGAAGCGUGCCCAGGAUCCUCAAAGAGCAGUUCAGUGAAUCUAGUGGAAGCAUGACGAGGAAUGGACUCGAAAAUUUGCAACGACCACUAGCGGCGCAGGUAUAG